AUUAUUUAUAUAAAUAUGAGGGGAACAUUGAUCAAGGGAGAAGUUGCACACACUGCAAUCGGUUGAUACAGGUCGCAAAGUCGAAGAUUGGCAAAAGCAAGUAAUUCAUCACAAAGCCACUGCCUUAAAUACAUAACUGACAUGAUGCCUUGCCUAGUUCUAGGCGAGACCCCGAAGUCACACACCAGAAUAGAAAGAGAUAAUGGGCCUACGACUUGCACGUCCGAAGAGCCGUCCUGGCUCUACUGCCAGCUAGAUCAAGGUGCCAAUUUGCUUAUAAUUGACUGUAGACCUUUUUCAGAAUAUUGCCAAGCUCACAUUGAAGGUGCCAUUAAUUUACAAAUAUCUGACCUUGUUUUACGAAGGCUUCGGAAAGGAAACAUAUCUCUUUCAACUUUGUUGAAUUCCGAUGCAUCGAAGGAGAAAUUCCAACGCCGUGCUCAAUUUGAAAGGAUCAUUAUUUGUGAUUCAAAUAGCAAGAGGGAUAACUUGCAGAACAACGUCCUGAAGUUCCUUAUUUCCAAGUUGUCAGAAGAUUGUAGAGUAUGCUUUCUUGAGGGGGGUUUCAGUCGCUUUGAAGAAUGCUAUCCUCACCUUUGUCAAUGUGGUGAAGGAAAUGAAAUCGGUAAAACUCUCUUCAGUAUCUCAGCGCUGAAGAUCACAGAUUCAAAUGAUAGCAACAAUAACAACAACCCUUGUUUCAAACUUCCACAGUACCCUCAAAUGAGAAAGGAGCCAUGCAGGUACAGGCCAGAGAGCUCAGGGCCAAUUGAGAUCAUUCCCCAUCUUUUUCUUGGCAAUAAGAAGGAUUCUGUGGAUAGGAAGUGCUUGGAGGAUCAUAAAAUCAGAUAUGUCUUGAAUGUCACACAUGAUUUGCCAAAUGAAUUCGAGAAUGAAACAAGUUUUAAUUAUCUGAAGUUACCUGUGGAAGAUAAUUGGGAAGGAAACCUCAUAAGCCUAUUUCCACAAGCAUUUGCUUUUAUUGAACAAGCCAGAGACUCGGAAGAGAACGUAUUGGUUCACUGCGUAGGAGGCGUGUCUCGCUCUAGCACCAUCGUAAUAGCAUAUCUGAUGCUCAAACAUAGCUACUCCUUGAACGAUGCCUACGACUUUGUGAAAGCAAAGAAGAGCAACAUUUCCCCAAACUUCAACUUCAUGCAGCAGUUGCUUGAUUUGGAAAGAACAAGGGUGUCUUUUCGCACCCCAAGUGGAAGCGAGGUGGGCACGUCAAGUCCAUAUUCUGUUAAGAGCGAGGCCUCUGACUAUUCAUCAAAAAGCUGUUAGAGAACAUUGAGAACAGUCAGUGCUGUCUAAAACGAGGCUGCCUCAAGCAAUGGAUUUUUACCUUUGUAAGAUAAACUAAGCGGGGAGGAUGAUGUGGACAAAUAAAGCAAUUCAAUGUGAAUCAAGGGUAACAAAGUAGAUCGUUCCCUUUUACUGUCGUGUUAAAUAUCUCGCCUGUUGUAUGUAUAUAGAAUUGAGGUUAAAAACCUCUAGUUACUGAUGUUGUGUUUUUUACAUAUGUUAUUUGAGAAUUUUAGAUGAACUAUUUCUAUAACGGAAUACCAUAAUGUCGGGAUCUGAAUACCGAACGAGUCAAAGUCGAAGCGUGAAUCAGUGACAUAACACGAAUUCAAGAUGAUGUUCCCGUCUUGAUAGUCGAGAGUGGCGCCUCUUUUUCUAACCUUUGCCUCGUUCGGAUAUGCAGAAAAGUUGUUUUGCAUUGAAAGCACACAUCCUUUUUCAAUUUUAAUUAAAUGGUGCAUAUUUUUGUAAUUCUAUUUUUCCAUUUUCAUGUUCAUCAGUUUUGAUUAACUCUGUAGAAUUUAUGAUUAGCUCGAUUCUAGAUUUUAUAAUUAGACCGCCGUGCAGUGUAAAUUUUUGUACUAGAAUUUUGUAUAUAAUGGUUGGGAUGACAUUUAAA